AUGAAGCUGAAGGUUGUGUAUCGUAAGGUCUCCGAUUACAUCCGUCAUGAUCUCAAAGAAAUCGUCUUACCUUCAUCACUUCCCGAUCCUCCCCACGUCGUAAAACGCCGCAAAUUGACUUGGCACGAGCGAUUUCUAGUGUUGAAGGAAGCUUCAAGGCUUUAUGCUGCGAGCUGGGUGCGAGAUAUAGGUCCUGAGCUUCGUCCAAAUGAUUACAAGAAGCAAGGUGAUGCUGAGCCUAAAAAACAAGCCCAAGAGACAGACAAUGAGCCCUCUGUUAUGGAAGAUCUUGCGGUGGCUGCAAAAGGUGGCAUGGAGACUUUACGGCCUGCUUUACAUCGGGUGUACAUGACACGAGCUUCUCAAUAUAAAGAUGCUCUUUCAAGCUUUAUUAAAGGUUACCAUGAGGGUGUGCAGCAAGUUUUGCAGAGUAAAGAAGAGUCUCAACUCCCUAAAGAUGAAUCUGACCACUCUAAAAAGACUACCUGA